AUGGGUCAGCAGCGAACAACUUUGCUCUUCCAUAUAGAAAAGAAGAAGCGGCAACAGCAGCAGCAGCAGCAGCAGCAGCAGCAGGAGCAGCCGCAGCAGCAGCCGGCCGAAGCCCAAGCCCAAAACGCAACUCCGACAACACAUCGAGAGACAGAAGUAGCUCCAGAAGCCGUCAACAGUCCAGGGGCCGCAGCCGCUCCAGAGGCAGGAGCCGAUCCAAGGGCCGCAGCCGAUCUAGGGGACGCGGCCAUUCCAGGGGCCGGGACCACUUCGGGGACCAAAGCCAGUCCGGCAGCAGUGGCCAGUCCGGGAGCGGCGGCCAGUCUGGGGACUGCAACCGGUUCGGAGGUGGCAGCCAGUCUCCGGAUCACAACCAUUCCCGAGGUCAACAAGACGAGCAACCCGCAAACCAGCGAAACGUGA